AUGGAUAAUUGUGAUUUUAAGAUUAAAUCCGCGCUGGCCAUAAACCCAUGGAGUGUUUUCGAAAUUAUUGCAAUCGAUAAGAUGAUUUUGAUAUUUUUCCUCUUCGUUUUGAUUGUAAGCCAAUAUGGUGUAUAUGCCCAACAAUGUGGACCGCUGAAUAAUCCAACUUGCACGGAACCACGUAAUCCCGGUUUCAAUGGCGAUCGUUGUAAUGGCGGCACUCGUUGGUACUACAACACCGGCUCAAGACAGUGUGAAUCGUUUUUCUAUUGGGGCUGUGGAGGCAAUUCGAAUCGUUAUUGUUCGCUUUUUGCGUGUCAACAGCGCUGUCGUAUUAUAUUUAAUCCAUAA